CUGCCAUUUAAUAUAGGAAUUUUAAAAUUCCUAUCUUAGACUUAAAUUUUCUACAUUGGUCGAGUAUAUAAAUACUGCAAAGCUGCACCUCAUAAAUAAUCCGUUUGCCAUCAUGGACGGCUUUGCACACGAUUGGCCUACGCCAUCACAUGCAGAUAAUGCGCUGCAGAUGGACCUAAUUGCUGAACUGCAUGCCGAUUUUGAGCCACAAACUAGAGCAAGAUCGAAUACGUGGCCUUGCCCAAGACCAGAGAAUUUUGUUGAACCACCAGAUGAGUUAGAUAGCACAAAAGCAAGCAAUCAGCAAUUAGCUGGUGGAGAUUCACAACAAGCCGUGCCAAAUGUAAAUGCUGCAAAAAAGAACUCAUCUCGACGUAAUGCAUGGGGAAAUCUCUCCUAUGCGGAUCUCAUAACGCACGCUAUUGGUUCAGCACCUGAUAAAAGAUUAACAUUAAGUCAAAUAUAUGAAUGGAUGGUGCAGAAUGUGCCUUACUUUAAAGACAAAGGUGAUUCAAAUAGUAGUGCUGGCUGGAAGUUUUGGUUAGAAAUCGGAUUUAGUUUUAAAUCUUAA